CGUGAAGGAGUGGAUGUCGGUUAAUGUUGGUCUACUUGUAGUGUCCAAGUCCAAUAGCGUUUGGUCUGCUACAAAGAAUCUUCAUUUGCCCGCGUAUUGACAACCUGUUUUGUGACGGCCGCGCAUAAAACUCAGCGUAUUUAACUCGCACUAAACCCUCCAAUUUUUAAGCACAUACUUAGUUACUUACUACCUCCGUCCAGCUCUAAAUUUUAAUCUUCCUAUAUACUGCUCUAGCUGCUUAUUUAGUUAAUUACAGUUUGACCCUCCCUAUGCAUAGCACAGGCAGAAGAAUCAGGCGCUCUGAGGUUAAUAAGUUUGAUCCUCUUACUUAAUAAUUCAUUGAUAGUAUAGCCUAAAUGUAUUUGGUGGCAUGCAGGCCUUCUGGCCUUCGAUUGUGAUGAAGAAGUGGCUGAACAUACAGCCUAAAGUGUACGACUUUAGCGAAGAUGAGGUCGACACCGAGAGUGAAGAUGAUGCUUUGCCGGAUAAAGAUAAAAGGGACAUUGAGGAAGAUGGAGGCCUAGCAUCACAAAGAAAGCCUUCCUCCCAAUGCUCCAUCCGAACCUCUGGCAAACCCUCAACCGACGUUUCACUAAAGCACAGGAGAGGGAAGUCUGAGACUCUACGCCUCCAGUACAUCAGUAGGAAAGACGUGAGAGUUACAAUAGGUACAUGGAAUGUUGCAGGGAGGCUCCCUGGUGAAGAUCUUGAGAUUGAUGAGUGGCUUUGCAUGAAAGCACCCGCGGAUAUUUAUGUCCUCGGCUUUCAGGAGGUGGUACCCCUAAAUGCUGGGAAUGUGCUGGGGGCAGAAAACAGAAGGCCCAUUACUAAAUGGGAAGCCACUAUUCGCAGAACACUGAACCAAACUAUUGGGCCUGAAACGAAGCCCAAGAGUUACAGCGCUCCUCCCUCUCCAGAACUCAGGACUUCUACUCCUUUAGAUAUAAUUGCAGAUGCGGACAUCGAAGACCCUUCAUGUAUGGUUACAAUUCCGAAGAAUCUAAGCUUGAAGCGGGGUUUGGAUUGGCCCGAACUUCCUCUGGAUGGAACCCCCCAACUUCUUCCGUCAACCUUCAAGCUUAGAAGGGUUCUGAGCAGUUGUGCGCGGGUUGGUUUUGAGGGUCUGGAUAAUCCAGUUUCAUUUGGGCCUAAUGGAUUGGGUCUUGACGGGCUAAAAAGAGGGAACCAUAGCUCUGGAGACUUGGAGUCUUUGUGGACGGACAAUCAACCGGAAGUUCUUGACUGUCUUACUGAUGUCUCUGAUCAAUUCUCUGAAGAAGACGAUGAGGACGGAUUUGGGGAUUUUCCGGUGGUUAGUGAAGAAAAAGGUGCUAGCUUCUUAAAGAAAUCUCGUCCAAUGUAUGUUCGAAUUGUGAGUAAACAGAUGGUCGGGAUCUAUGUUUCGGUUUGGGUACGAAGAACAUUGAGAAGGCAUAUCAACAACUUGAAAGUCUCUCCUGUAGGAGUUGGACUGAUGGGAUACCUUGGUAAUAAGGGAUCUGUUUCGGUGAGCAUGUCUCUUUACCAGACAAAGCUAUGCUUUGUCUGCUCACAUUUGACAUCUGGACAGAAGUGGGGUGCUGAGCAGAGGAGGAACUCUGAUGUGAAUGAGAUCUUAAGGCGCACCAGCUUCUCCUCAUCGGUGUUUAAAUCAGAAACUGAUUAUCCUCCUCCCCUAACAAUCCCAUCUCACGAUCAGAUAUUCUGGUUUGGAGACUUGAACUACAGAAUCAAUCUAGCAGAUGCCAAAGUAAGAAAGCUUGUUUCAAGAAAGCAAUGGGGUGAACUCUUGGACCAUGAUCAGCUCACCAAGGAGCUCAGGAGUGGAUGUGUGUUUGAAGGUUGGAAGGAAGGAGCUAUUAACUUCGCUCCAACUUACAAAUAUGAAUUCAAUUCAGAUAGAUAUGUGGGGCAGAGCGUGAGAGACGGCGAGAAGAGAAGGUCGCCUGCAUGGUGUGAUCGUAUAUUGUGGUUAGGGAAAGGCAUCAAGCAGAUUUCUUACAAUAGGACAGAUAUAAGAUUAUCGGAUCACCGACCUGUGAGUUCCAUGUACGUGGUGGAAGUAGAAAUCUUUAAUCAGCGGAAGCUCCAACGAGCUCUCAAUGUUAAUUCUGCUGCGAUACAUCAUGAUAAGUUGGUUCAAUGACAUAGAUGAAUCACCGAAGUUAGGCCUUUAGAAAAUUAUGUUGGCGCAGUUUUAUACUCCUGUGAUUUUUUCAUUCGUCAAGUAACAAUACUUGUUGUAGAUUAUACCACAAACUUAACACGUAAAUAGUUAUAGACUUAUAGGUAUUCAUGGUAAUAUUGUACAACUUAGUCUAGAUUAUCUCUAUUAUUACAAAAAUGUAAACUCACCAGGCAAAUACAUAAGGUAAAGCUAGAAUCACUCAUGGCAAUAAUAUAACAUUUAGUCAGCACAUAACAAUAUUAGGUAUGUUAUGCAACAUCAUUUCUUUAAUUUCUUUAUCAACAAAUGCGCUACAUCAAAUAAA